AAACUGUCAAAGUCGUUGGUUGGAAAAGUUUAUCGUGUAUUUUUUGUGCAUUUUUUCCCUAUUUAGCCAUUAAUUAUCAAGAAAUAUUGCUUUAAAUAUUCUCACGGAACCCCUAAAACGCGUUCGAAUUGAAGGUAAGAUUGGCAUUGGAUGUUAGCGAAAUCGACAUAAAACUCAAAAUAUGUCCACUUUAAGCACAAUUGCGGCUUUCGAUGAUCUGCGGCGAAAUCAUGCAGUGUUGAGUGAUGGAAUCGCGGAAGAAGAAUUUUUGAAAUUUCUUCAGUUGCAAGAGGAAUGUCGCAAACAAUGGGUCCAACUCUUGGACAAUGAAAAAAGAUUGAAAAUCGAGCUCGAAUCUGCGAGUAAAACGAUGACGGAUCUCGAAUCGAAACUACAUCACGCCCGAAAAUUGCUCGAUAUCGAGAGCAAGGCACGUCGCGAUGCCGAACACGAACGUGAACAGUUGGAACGUCGCAUGACGGCAGUUUUCGACUUGCUGAAAAACGAUCGGGAAAUCAAAGAUGAGACUCGCAGCAAAUUCGAGCAAUUCAAUAACUUCCAGAAAAAACGAAAAUCCGCGCAUUUGUUGCGUGUCGAGGAGCAACUUUGCAACGAAAUUAACUCAACGGGCUCAUUUUUGUCGGAUUUAUCUAUCACACAGUCCGAAGAAGAUUUCCUCGAUUGUCACUCGAAAGUCAACAAAAGUUACAAAAAACAUCGUGCCUCAUCCGGCGUCGCCCAUCAAAUCGCCAUGAACAAACGCAAGAGUCGCGAAACGCGUCGCAGCACCCAUAAAACGAUCGAAAUUCAGGGCAGCGAGAAAAUUGUCGCACACGCAAAAGUUACUGUCCCACAAGGAAACGGACCAAUUUUGGCAGAAUCUGUUGUCGAAGCAGUUCCUGCAACUUCAGACGAAAUCAUGGAAACCGAAAAUCUUGCUCCGAAAAAUUCUUAUACGCAAAAAACGCCGCGAAAGUCACCUUUUCAAGCAACGAGUGUCAUGAAAACGCCUUCAGCGCCGCCAUUGUCGGAGCUUCAAACGAAUGUCAUGCAAACCCCGACACUUUCGCGUGCCAAGGAACGUCGUCACGAGUACUCGAACAAGACAGUGUUCAAAUCCGAGUUGUGUACUUAUUGCGAGAAGAAGAUUCGGUUCGGUUGUGUCGCCCUGAAGUGCAAAAAUUGUCGCGUUUCUGUUCAUCCAGAUUGUGCAGAUAAGUUGAGCAUGGCUUGUAUUCCCGCUUCGAAUACGCCUCAGAUGCAAAAGGGACUUGGAUCAAUUAGUGACUUUGUCACGCAGUUCAAACCGAUGAUUCCAGCGUUGUUAAUUCAUUGCAUUGAUGAGAUCGAACGUCGUGGGUUAAAUGAAGUUGGAAUUUAUCGUAUUUCUGGUGCGGAACGCGAUGUCAGAGCAUUAAAGGAGAAAUAUCUUCGCAGCAAAGCCAUUCCUUGUCUCACAAACAUCGAUAUUCACGUAAUUUGUGGUUGUGUGAAAGAUUUCUUGCGUUCGUUGCAAGACAAACUCAUUCCGUCGAACAUGUGGACCGAAUUUUCGAAUGCCGUACAAGCAGCGCAUCCCGAUCAAGUCAUCAGAAGCUUAAAAGCGGCAGUUGGAAGACUUCCCGAAGCUAAUCGAGACACCUUGGCGUUCAUGAUCCAGCAUUUGCAGAGAAUCGCUGAAUGCCCGCAAAUAAAGAUGCCUUUGGAGAAUCUUGCCAAAGUUUUUGCACCGACGUUGAUUGAUCACUCGCAUCCAGACUUGGAUCCGAACCAAAUGUACGGCGAAACGAUGAUUCAAGUGGCAAUUAUGACAAAUUUGCUCAACAUUCCGGGAAGUUAUUGGAAUCAAUUUACGAGCACAAAUAUCGUUGGGUAUUCGGUGACUUCGAGUUCGGAGCCGGAGCGCGAUACAGCACAUGAUGCAAAUAGCAAUGGAAGCAGCGGAAGCGGAGGCGUUGGACAAAAUCCGAAAUAUUAUGUUGGAGGUACUCCAUCAUUGCGCUCCGCCAAGAAGGAAAGAAAGUAUUACGCGACUCCCCCCUACCCGAAAAACAAGAACAAAUAAUCAUCACUCGAGCGUUGUGACACAAAAAACGAUGAUCAACAAUAAAAAAAAGUAUUUUUAAACACAUAAUUUUAAGAAAAGUGUCUCGAAAGACGACGCAAGCAUCAUAAACUUAAUCCUUUUGUAGAUAAUAACGAAAUUUUUUGUAUCUCUAUACCAUUUAAAAUGUAUUUAACCACCAACAACCAGUUUCCAUUGGACCAGUAAUAUACGAUGUUUUGUUUAUUUGAC